AGUGUUACAGUAUCGUGCAAGUCGGCAGGCUGUGUGGAUUCACGGUUUACUUGUAGGGAUCAACGGUUUACCACAAACCAUUGCUCAACUGCCUAGUACUGACUACUGAGCUUGAAGUUUUAAGAAGAAUUCAAUUUAGGUACAAUUUUAAUAAAUAGCGUGCAGAAUAUACUGCAAAAUACUGAGUUAUUCUCAAAACUCGUACUAGACAUAGCUACCUAGUUAUGGCUGAAAGGAAUCCAGGCUGUGAUUUGGACCUAGCAUGGGUGGAGAACUCGUACAUCAACUUGCCCAGCGUACAACGUCGCGCUGCUACUCUGACCUCAAGCAGGACUGUCAAGAAACAGUGGCAGGCUGCUUGGCUGCUCAGAGCCAUCACAUGCACUGAUCUUACAACUCUUGGUGGUGAUGACACAGACGGCAAUGUGGUGCGACUAUGCGGUAAAGCUGCCCAGCCCCUGCGUCAUGACAUCUCGGCAUCCCUCGGUGACUGGACAAAGGAACUCACCGUCGCCGCCGUGUGUGUUUACCCCAGUCGUGUGCCUGCAGCUGUGGCUGCUGCUAGGAAAGCUGACAACAAAUAUGGUGUUGCUGCUGUUGCAACGGGAUUCCCUUCGGGUCAGUAUCCGCUAUCUACAAGGCUUGAAGAAAUCAAGUUUGCUGUUGCAAGUGGAGCCACUGAGAUAGAUGUUGUAAUCAACCGGACCUUAGCCCUGCUCAACAAGUGGGAAGAGCUGUACGCCGAAGUGCAAGCCAUGCGGGAGGCGUGUGGCGAUGCCCACAUGAAAGUCAUCUUGGGUGUGGGUGAGCUGGGCUCCCUUACGACCGUCUACCGCGCUUCUCUUGUAUCAAUGAUGGCUGGCGCUGACUUCAUCAAAACCUCCACGGGAAAGGAGGGCGUCAACGCUACACUGCCCAUUGGUCUUGUCAUGUGCCGGGCCAUUCGCAACUACCACGAAAGGACUGGCUUUAGGGUUGGCUUCAAGCCUGCAGGAGGCAUACGCACAGCCAAAGACUCUCUGGCGUGGCUAGUGUUGAUCAAGGAGGAGCUUGGCAACGAGUGGCUCAACAGGGACCUUUUCCGACUUGGUGCUUCGUCUUUACUCACCGACAUAGAACGUCAGCUCUUCCAUCACGUGACUGGCCGCUAUGCUGCUGCUCACGAACUUCCGAUGCCUUGAAUACUUUUACACAUCUGAUAAUGUCUUCACUGCAUUCCAAAAUUACCUAUAAACUGAUAUUCUAGCUAGUCAACAUAUUCUUCAUUCCGGAUUUCAGGUUAUAGAGCAAGACACUGUGGCUACCAUUAUUAAUGCUACCUAAUUUUCGGUGGCUGAAAUGUUCACACUUUCGUAUUUACAUAUUGAACGACUGUGAAAAUCAAUUUACAAAUUUUCUACGUCUUCUGAGAAGUCACAUUGUUACUCACUUUCUUACUAUUCCAGUUUCUGUGCCAUACACUCAUACGUUGUGCUAACUGGUCACGAAAUAACGACUGUUAGCCAUGGAGUAUUGCUAUAUCAAUCAAUAUCGCUUAAAGGCCCGUACGCAACGCUUGGCUUAGUUGUAAGUUUUCUUGAUGUGGGCAAUAUUAUGACGUAGUAGGUAAAUAAUUCAAGUUCAUCUUAACGGCGAGGUCAUGUCGCUGCGUAAGUGCGAACUACGCUGAUUCAGUUUUCACAUUUUAUUCUUUACGGAAAGAUAUAAUUCAUAUCGAAGUUUGAUUGUAUUUUAGUCGUAAUGGAUACUUGUUACAUGGAUAUAUUGUUGAUUGAAACUCGAAGUGCAAUUUGUAAAGAACGAAAUGGCUCUCUUUGCUGUGUUAAUGUUCGAAUGAUGUUAUCAGUCGGGCGUUUAUUGAAAAAAAAAUACAACUCAGUACUCACUGUA